UCGGAGGCUUCAGCGGCAGUAGGGUCUGAGAGCUGAUAAGGAGUAGAGGUGCGACGGACGACUGCAGGAGCGAAGAUUUUUGAAGAUUAAGUGUGCGGGACCAGCAGCUAUAAUAGUGACUACCUACACGGAACAACCAAUUAAUACAUAAACCAAAAUUCAACAUGGUGCUUGUGGUGGUGAUGAUAGCUGCGUGUGUGGUGGUGACUCAAGGGGACCCCGAGGCCAGCACACCUAAAUAUGACCCUCCAGUAUACCCCAGACCCAGGCAGGCCGAUGCCCUGUCAGACCACACUACCGACGACGAGGUCAAGAAAGACCGGGAGCCACUGUUGAGGUCCAGCAAGAUCCUUCCCUUCCUGCCAGAACGCUACCUGGGAUCUCUUGGAGUCAUCCCUGGACCUGUGGGCGUGUCUCUAGGCCUAGGUGUGCCCGUAGCCUCACCACCUAUUCCAGAUGUGCUUCACAACCCUUUGGUUCCUGGCAACGUGAGGGGUCCCCGCCCUGUCUGUGCUGGCUCAGGCACCUACUGCCUCUAUGACAAUAACUACCCGCUGGACAAGGUCAACGCUAUCAGUGAUCGUUUCUACAAUGACAUCCGCCACAUCUACAGCAACCUAUACCGCUUCCACACCAACGACAUUGUCUACUAUGACAAUGCCACCCUCCACUACAGAAAUGAUGGGCACUUUGUGUGUGAGAGCUCCGUGCAGUACGUGAGACCUGGCUGGGCACAGAACGUGAGGGGAGAAUGGCUGGCCAUCCUCAACACUGACAAGUUUCCCCAGACCAUCCGCACUGAGAUAUGCAGAUAUGGAGGAAAGCGAUGCGAGUACCUGCCUCCGUGCUACAAGUCAAGAUGUGCUCAGAGGUUCAGCUAUGUGCGCCUGCUGUGUGUUGACCCCUACCAUCCCUCCAUCAAGCCUGUGGUGGAUGUCUUCCCCAUCCCCACCGCCUGUUCUUGUUUCGUCGAGGACUUUACCUAUUACUAAAACGCGAGCAGCUGAACAAGAAUUAUUCCAGAAAAUUAGUGGCAGGAAAAUAAUUUGAAAAAUUAAAGAUUUUCAUCUCCUAACAUAUAAAGAUUCUAUCAAGAUACCCUACUUUUAAAACCAUCUGGAAUUUCAGAAACAAGGUUUUGUUAAUUUUAAGAGUACAGUACUAAAUAUUAAAUAAUGGAUGAAGUGCAGUCAUUUUUCAUUCUGUGUGGGUGGGAAGUUAAGGUUCAAUAUUCCUAAGGUUCAGUAGAAUUUUUUUUCUUUUUCCGGAGGACAGCAGAGACUAUAACUAAAAAUUUUCAAGUCUUAUUUUUUGUCUUGCCCACUUGCUACCGGUAAUUUUGGGAGUAUUAUUUGUAAGUUUUUAUAGAAUGUAUUCUGCAUGUUGCUGGGCUGAGCUUUUACUUACUGCCACUAUGUUGGCAAAAAUUUUCUAUAGUUAAUCCAUACUACACUUAUCCCCAAUUUUGUUGAUUAUUACAAGCUUCAAGUUAGGAUCUGUUCUGUGCCGAGAGCUUUCACACAGCACUUACAUAGUGCUCUUUGAGUCAAAGAAUUUUAAGUAUGUUCCUGGUUUCUAAAAAGACCUGUGACACACUUACUUUAACACAUUGGUAGUGAUCAAAGCUCAGACAUUGUGUCAUACUCUAACAUAUUGAAUCUAAUGAAAGCUCAAACACCCUGAGGCAUUAUUUCUGUGAUUGAUGACACUUUCCAGAUACUACAGUAUAUCUUCAUUUUUUCAUGAGGGCACGUGGUGGUUACUGGGGAUUUCUAGCAUAGGUUAAUGCAAUUACAGUACAGUACUGUAUAAUACUUGAGCUGUACUUUCUUUCGGUAACAGUGUUUCUCAACAAGUGAUGUAGUCAAACUUAAUGACAGUGAAUAUCACUUAAUUAUAAUUCUGUUACGUGCAUCUUAACUAAGGUUCCUACUUCCUGUGUGCUUAUUAAAAUUGUUCCUAUGAAGAAGUUGUAGGUUUUAGAAAUGUAAUCCAGGCAUACUUUCUGAUUAGUUACCUAGUCCUUAUAUACUGUAUUAGUGCACCUUUUUUUACAACCUAGACUGUGAAAGCUCAUCACUGUAUUACUAAUUUCUAUGGUAUAUCUGUCUGUUUAUAUGUGGUACAAUACUUGCUGUAUUCAUGUUCAGCAUGAAUAUUUUCCUUAGGUGUGUCAGGUCAUGGUCAAACACGAUUAUAAGACACCAAAUUGCUCUGUAUUAUCCCCAAAAUCUCUGAAGUGGAAGAUUAGCUUCCACAAGGACAUGAUUGGUCACUCACAAUUCAUUUUUAAAUUGGCUGUUCUUGAAGUGUGUUAAAAAAUCAAAUGAACUAGUUGAUGACAACUUUAUCCUACUACUCAUACACAGUUCAUGUUUACUGGUUCAUUUGCCACAUCUAUUCAACAA